AUGUUGCAUAGAACAUCGUCUUCGAGACGACGUAGGGCUUCUAGGAGUGCUGCCACGUCUCCUCAAACAAGGUCACCCAGACCAUCGGCACAGCCUUCAAGGAGAGCUUCGUUAGCGACUACCGAAACGGAUGAUGAAACUGAUCCUGUUCCCCAAAGAAGUCCAAGGGCUAGCUUGGCACCCGAUGCGGCUUUAGAUACAUACCAUCGAAGUCCAAGACACUCGCUAGUCCCUGAAACCAGAUCUGCUCGCAAUUCCAUAGUCCCCGAUACAGCUUCACAAAUCAGGAAUAGCCUAGCGCCUUCCAGACAUAACCUAGGAGUUGAAUCAGCUUACGGUUCGAGGCUAAGUCUUAAUCCUCAGGAUUUUAACAGGAGCCCAAGGAAUAGUAUAACACCCGAUGUCACUGCAAGAAGCCCGCGGCGAAGUUUAGUACCUGAUGGGACAUCAUGGAAUCAACCAAGGAAUUCCCUUAUUCCGGACGUGGGCAGAAGUCCUAGACAUUCAGUCGCUUGCAUACAAAUAGAUCCGGCACGCAAUCAGAAAGAACUAGGCCCAAGUCCUAGGACAAGUCCUAGAGGGAGUAUCGUACCUGAUACUGCAUUGAAAGGGAACGAUUGCCCCGAUUUUAUCAGAACCCCUCGAGGCUCUUUGAUACCUGAAUCGCAGAGAAGCCCACGGGGGAGUAUUGCUCCUUCAGAAAGAAGUGCCAGAGGUAGCUUAGUGGCUGGAGAAUUGGACACUAUGAAGGUGAGCCCCAGGGGCAGUCUGACGUUAACUUUCCAAGAACCACUCGUGUCUAGGGAAAGGAGGGCAAGCGAAGAAAGUCAAAAUGCUGCUACAAGAGGACGGAGUAUUUCUCCUUACAGAGCUUCUUUAAGUGGCCGGCACUGUACCACUACGGGAGCUCUAUCUGAUGGCGGCUCCCGGAGGGCUUCUAGUUCUGUGAGUCAGGUAUCCGGCGACGAACAAAGGAGGCUUUGUGGAGAGCAAGCAAAGUAUGGCGAGCGCAGUGGCUUGGGACUGGGAGUGGGCUUGACCACCUACGGAUCUGUUGCCUACCAAUUGAAAGAUGCAAAUAUGGAGGCCUCGAGCACCGUGGACUUUGUUUGCAGAGCUGCCAAAAUUAUGAACAGGACCAUUCUGAUGACAGUAUUUCUGGCAUGUCUAUCAACGUUGCCGGUAAUAAUGCUGAUUAUGGGAGUACAGUACAUUCGGGACUGCCCAGCCGAGCCACGCAUACCAGUGUAUAUGAUAGUGGGUGGCGCAUCGGGGGGCGCUGGUAUAUUCUGGCUGUUGUGGGCACAGCUGGCCAGCAGAAGUUCAAACUCUAAAGCCAGUGUCCCGGAAAGAGUGCUGGCUUACACGCUGACAGUUUUCCUGAUGGGAUGGUUCGCGUUUGGCAACUAUUGGACGCUGGGCAUUCUGUGGCCGGAUUAUGCGCCAACUCUCUUCGAACCUAACCAGUGGUGUCACAGGACUCUCUACGUGUUCGCGAUCGCACAACUGGGCAUCGUGUGGGGUGUUCUAGCGCUGAUUUUUCUAUUUCUGUUGGCCCUUGUAGUUUGCCAGCAGCGGCGCAGCGUCGUGCUGGAGCUGUGGCACAGGAACAUAAACAACACCAUGGACGUCGCCGGCGCUCUGCUGCCCUUCACCCAGGUCGUCCGGCCCGAGCUGACGGUCCACGUGCAGGAGGUGCUCACGCAAGCGGACCGCGAGGACUCGAGGCCGAAGAGGAUACCCGAGAUAAAGGAGCCCGAGGAAGAGGGCCACAGCCCCCUCAAGGGCAGGCGGGAGGCGACGAAAACUCCA